CUACUGCAACACCUUGUUGGAAAUUUUCAUGGGAGUGUAAACGAGACAAGUUAAUGCUCAAUCUUUUCCGUUUACGCUUCUGAUUCACGCUGAAACUUUAUCCAAUGCCUCUCCUUUAUAAAACCCAAUUCAACAGCCAAUUAUUUUACAAUCUCGCUUCUUCUCCAUUUCCGUCAACGUCUAAUCAGAAUUUUUCCUGCCGGAUUACAUUUCCGACGAUGUCUUGCUCUUCUCAAACUACUUUUCCCAUUCUACGGACUGUAACCAUAUCGUACUCCGACCUCAAGGAUAGGAAUGUAGACUUGUCGACGAAAAUUGAGGAAGGUUUUGGAUCGAAUGGGCUGGGGAUUCUAUCAGUUACAGAUGUGCCCGGUUUUUCUUCACUGCGUCAAAAUCUUCUACAUCUUUCACCAAGGUUGGCUAGCCUUCCUGAAGAGAAGAAGAAGGAGCUUGAAGAUCCAAAUACUAGGUACAACUUUGGAUGGAGUCAUGGAAAAGAAAUACUUGAAUCUGGAAAGCCUGAUCUGCUUAAAGGCUCCUUUUAUGCAAAUCCAGUACUAGAUGUGCCUACAACUGAUGCCUAUCUCAUACAACGGUAUCCUCAUUAUUGUGGAUUGAACAUAUGGCCCGUUAAUAGUUUGCCAGAACUGGAAGUUGCUUUCAAAGCACUUGGAAAGCUGAUCCUUGAUGUCGGAUUGAUGCUAGCUUAUCACUGUGAUCAAUAUGUAUCGAAGGGGAUGGAAAUAAAUGAAAAUGAAGGCCUUGAACAGAUACUUCUUCGCUCUCGGUGUCAUAAAGGCCGGUUACUUUAUUAUUUUCCAGUUCAACUGAGCACCAUAAAUUGUAUCCAAGAUGGUAACUUCUCAUCGUCUUGGUGUGGAUGGCAUACAGAUCAUGGUUCACUAACAGGUCUGACCUGUGCAAUGUUUAAGAGAGAAGGUGUAGAAACACCUUGCCCUGAUAGUGCUGCUGGGCUUUAUAUUAAAACACGAACAGAUCAAAUUGUGAAAGUUGUCUUUGGAGAAGAUGAGAUAGCAUAUCAAAUUGGAGAGACUGCUGAAAUAUUGUCAAGAGGUUAUCUUUGCGCAACACCUCACUGUGUCCUGGCACCUAAAGGAGUGGAGGCUUCUGGUGUCGAUCGAUCAACAUUUGCAUUAUUCAUGCAACCUGAUUGGGAUGAAAAGCUCAACUUCCCGAAGGAGAUGCAUAUUCACAAAGAGCUGAUGCUAGCCAACCGUUCUCUCACAUUUGGAGAAUAUUCUGACAAGUUGUUGGAUAAAUAUUACAACUUGAAAAAUUGAAGAUCACGUUUAUAAGUAUAUCUUAAUAGUCACCCAUUGUGAAUAAAUCCAUCCAUUUCAAUAAUUCAUCUACUGUAUAAGCAUAAUUGUUAAAAUCUAUUUGAUUAAUAUAAAUAAUUUAUUAUAUUUCAAUUUUAAA